GAAUGUAAUGUAUUUGAGUGUUAUUUCACAUACGUGCCACUAGGUGGCAAUACCGUGGUGUGAUGUAUGUCUCAUGCGCCCCGGAAGUAAUAAACCAGAAGGGAAAUACCCUGUUCACUCUCCAUGCUCUGACUGUUUUCAUGCUAGUUAUUGUGCACCUAAAAACAAGUAUAUAGUAACAUAACUGUGCAUAUUGAUGCCGACAUAACAUAAAUUGGCGACGAGGGAAACGUGCCCACGGUCAAUAUCUAGUUGUCAAGCCAGAAGUAAGGAUGGCUACGAUCAUUGGACAGAUUGAUACCUUCGACGAGGCGAGAGAGCAAUGGACCACGUAUGUAGAACGCUUUGAACACUUUGUGAAAGCAAAUGACAUUGACGAGGGAAAAACAGUGUCGGUUUUCCUCAGCGUAAUGGGAGCAUCCACUUAUGGACUCUUACGUAGCCUUAUUGCACCAGUUAAGCCCGGCACUAUGUCAUAUGGAGACAUUGUGAACACACUGCAAGCGCAUUUCAGUCCCAGGCCUAUUGUGAUUGCUGAGAGGUUCAAGUUUCACAAACGAAAUCAGGCGGAGGGGGAAAGUGUUGCACAGUAUGUGGCUGUAUUAAAGAAACUGGCGGAGCACUGUGAAUUUGGUGACAAUUUAAACGAUGCAUUAAGAGACAGAGUGGUGUGUGGCCUGUGCAGCGAGUCAAUACAGCGGAAGCUUUUGACUGAAUCGGCGCUCACGUACCAAAAGGCCGUGGACAUAGCAAUGUCAAUGGAGGCUGUAUCGAGGGAAUCACAGCAUUUAAGUAACUCAUUGAAAGUAAAUGCCAUGUCUUUUGCAUCAGAAUCGCCAAAGGCAAAAUGUUUUAGAUGCGGAAAGUCUAACCAUACCCAAAAUGAAUGUUUUUACAAAGACCAACUGUGUCACAAUUGUGGAAAGAAGGGCCACAUCGCUCGGUCAUGUAAAGGUGCAAAGACAGAGGUGAAAAUACCGAGAGUUUUCGGAAAAGGAAACUAUGUAAAAAGUAAGGGAAUGACAAAGAAAAAAACAAUUCACAAAAUGGGCACUGAGACGGAAAGGCUGAAUGAAGAGACAAGUUCGGAUACUGAGUCUGAACUGACACUACACAACGUUACCGCAACAUCGCAAAACCCUGCACCAGGGAACAUAAUGAAAAGGGAAAAUGAGGAAGGGACAGCGGUAAUAAAAAUACAACCAAAAAUUGAGGGGUUACGAGUAGAGAUGGAAGUCGACACAGGAGCGGCAGUUUCUAUUAUCUCAGGGGAACUGUAUAGAGAUAAAUUAAGUCACAUUCGUCUGCGCCAUACAAACGUUGUUCUCAAGACAUACACUGGCGAAGUAAUCCGGCCAGAAGGAGUCAUCAAGGUGUGCGUUAAGCUAAACAAACAACGUGCACGGUUACCACUGUAUAUUGUUACCGGAAAUGCGGUUCCGCUAUUCGGACGCGAGUGGCUUCGCCGAAUUCAUCUGGACUGGCGUGAGAUCAAAUCAAUAAGUGCAGUACACCGCAGCAACGAAGGGACAUUGGACAGCCUUCUAAAACAGCAUGAGAAAGUUUUCAGUGAAGAGUUAGGAACUUUCAAUGGUUACACAGCUACCAUCAAUCUGAAACCAGGAACUCAACCAAAGUUUUUCCAAGCUCGAGUGGUACCAUAUGCCAUCAGACCCAAGGUGGAGGAAGAAAUCAACCACCUACUCAAACAAGGAAUCAUUUCACCAGUACGAUUCAGUGAAUGGGCAACCCCGAUUGUGCCUGUAAUCAAAAAAGGAGGUAAUGUCAGAAUCUGCGGUGACUUCAAAGUAACGGUAAACCCAGCCUUAUGUGCCGAACAUUAUCCAUUACCUCGGAUUGAAGAUCUGUUCGCUUCACUAGCGGGAGGAAAAAGGUUUAGCAAAUUGGACCUUUCACAAGCGUACCUGCAGAUCCCUGUACAUGAAAAUUCACGGAAAUACUUAACCAUCACGACACACAAGGGAAUGUUCGUAUACAACAGAUUACCUUUUGGCAUCACAUCAGCUCCAUCGAUAUUCCAACGAGCCAUGGAACAAGUACUGCAGGGGUUACCAUCCGUCCACUGUUUUCUGGACGACAUCCUGAUCACAGGGAGAGACGAUGCGCACCACUUGUCUAAUCUUGAGGCUGUGCUAAAUAGACUGGAGAAAUGUGGACUUCGGGUAAAAAGAGAGAAGUGUGAGUUUUUCAAAAACUCAUUAGAGUAUUUGGGACACAUGAUUGAUGCAUCGGGACUCCACAAGUCCGCCAAUAAACUGCGCGCAGUUGCAGAGGCACCGGUCCCGGUCAAUGUUAGCCAACUCAGGUCCUUCCUGGGGCUGGUUAAUUAUUAUGCAAGAUUCGUUCCAAACCUGUCCACAGUCCUUCACCCCCUGAACGCAAUGUUACAUAAGGAGGUGAAAUGGAACUGGUCUCCAGAAUGUGAGGGUGCAUUUCUGGAAAUCAAGAGACAGCUAUUGACACCCAAUGUGCUUACGCACUACGACCCAAGACUUCCAGUCCGAUUGGCGUGCGACGCUUCACCCUAUGGGGUGGGGGCAGUACUUUCACAUUUGAUGCCAGAUGGGCAGGAAAGACCCAUAGCCUUCGCUUCGAGAACCUUAAGUAAGGCAGAGCAAAACUAUGCGCAGCUGGAGCGAGAAGCAUUAGGAUUAAUCUUCGGAGUACGGAAGUUUCACACUUACCUAUAUGGACGUCACUUCACCUUAAUGACCGAUCACCGUCCACUUACCACCAUACUCCAUCCACACAAAGCGACUCCCUCCAUGGCUGCAGCCAGACUUCAAAGGUGGGCUCUCCUGUUGGCUGCACAUAACUACACUAUCCAGUAUAGGAGUGCGGACAAACACGGGAAUGCAGAUAGUUUAUCACGCUUACCACUGCCUGUUCACCACAAGGACAGAAAGGAUGCAUUAGAGGUUUAUUUUAUAAACAAAAUGGAUACACUUCCAGUCAGUAGCAGUGAUAUUCGGAAAGGAACCAGGACAGAUCCAAUUCUCUGUCGGGUAAAGGAAAUGGUAUCCACCGGGUUAUUCCCACCUACCAAAGACUCAGAAAAUGUUUUAAAACCGUAUCUCAUGAGGAAGGAGGAGCUAUCACUUUUGCAGGACUGUCUAAUGUGGGGACAGCGAGUUAUCGUCCCACCAAAUUUGAGACCCCAAGUCUUAGAGGAUUUACACACGGGACACCCAGGUGUAGUCAAAAUGAAGGCAUUAGCGCGUAGCUACAUCUGGUGGCCAAAUAUCGACUCGCAGAUUGAGGAAAAAUCUAAAACCUGCAUGUCCUGUCAACAAAAUCAGAAAUCCCCAGCCCUAUCACCGUUACAUCCCUGGGCAUGGCCCGAAUCCCCUUGGCAGCGAAUCCACAUCGAUUACGCUGGGCCAUUUGAAGGACGCAUGUUCCUAGUAGUCGUUGACGCACACUCGAAAUGGCCAGAAGUUCUGGUGAUGGAUUCUACUACGUCAUGCAAAACGAUCGAGGUAUUGCGUGGUCUUUUUAGUCGCUAUGGCAUACCUGAAACCUUAGUGAGCGACAAUGGCCCACAAUUUACUUCAGAGGAAUUUGAAUGCUUUCUGAAAUCGAAUGGUGUUAAACAUGUACGCUCGGCACCAUUUCACCCAGCGACCAACGGGUUGGCUGAGCGUUUUGUACAAACUUUUAAACAUUCGCUAAAAGCAUCCAAAGAACCAAAACCAUUGCAACAAAGACUAGAUGCUUUCCUGUUACAGUACAGGAAUACUCCCCACAGCACAACAAAAGAAGCACCGGCAAUGUUGUUCUUACAUCGCAGACUGAGAACACGACUAGAUUUAAUAAAGCCAAGUGUAAAACAGACUGUGGAGCAAGCCCAAGAAGUUCAAUGUUCGUACCGUGCCCUCCAUGGGAAAGAAAGAGACUUUGGUGUUGGUGAUUCCGUGCUGGUCAGAGAUUAUAGACGUGGGGGAGAAAAGUGGAAAACUGGUACUGUCUCUUCCCAGUCAGGACCAGUGUCAUAUACGGUCCAAGUGGACAGUGCACAAACCUGGAAAAGACAUGCAGAUCAAAUGUUAGGGGGACACCCGGAAAUCACAAAAGCCACCGAACUGUUGCCAGCGGAUAACAGUGUGUCACCAAUAUUAGACGAUAGGGAACAAGAACUGCCUUUGAUAUCUAAUGAGACUGUAUCUUAUGCACCAGACCAACAUGCAGAUGGGCUUGUUGCACCGGCUACGGUUAUUUCCCAAAAUGAGAGGCGAUUCCCCGUGAGGAAUCGUAAGGCACCUAACAGAUUAGAUCUGUAGUUUUUGUUUUUAUCUGCACUGCAUAAUAUGUUAAUUGGGUGUAGACUCAAGCAGUUAACGGUUGGUCCGGUAGGUUAUUUUAUCAUUAAUAUGGCCUCACAGUUAUUGAGUUCCACUGAUGUUCCAAUGUUCACGGUAUGAGAAAGAACAUGGGAGUAAUUGAUCUAAGUGGGGAGGAGAUGUAAUGUAUUUGAGUGUUAUUUCACAUACGUGCCACUAGGUGGCAAUACCGUGGUGUGAUGUAUGUCUCAUGCGCCCCGGAAGUAAUAAACCAGAAGGGAAAUACCCUGUUCACUCUCCAUGCUCUGACUGUUUUCAUGCUAGUUAUUGUGCACCUAAAAACAAGUAUAUAGUAACAUAACUGUGCAUAUUGAUGCCGACA